CCCCACCCCUACCCUCACCCCCACCCCCGCCGCCCCCGGGCCCCGAUGGACUGAAUGAAGGCUGCUUGUACCGCCUAUCGAUGCCUCACCAAAGAUCUAGAAGGCUGCGCCAUGAACCCAGAGAUGACAAUGGAAAGUAUCGGCAGUUUGCACGGGGCAGCCGGCGGCAGCAGCGGCGGCGGCGGCGGCGGCGGGGGCCCGGCCCAUGAGCAGGAGCUGCUGGCCAGCCCCAGCCCUCACCACACUAGCCGGGGCGCAGGCUCGUUGCGGGUCCAGCCUCCUCACCAGGACCUGGGCACCGCGUCCUCCCGCUCAGCCAUGGUGACCAGCAUGGCUUCCAUCCUGGACGGGGGGGACUACCGUCCGGAGCUGUCCAUCCCGCUGCACCAUGCCAUGAGCAUGUCCUGCGACUCGUCCCCUCCGGGCAUGGGCAUGAGCAACACCUACACCACGUUGACGCCACUCCAGCCCCUGCCGCCCAUCUCGACCGUCUCCGACAAGUUCCACCACCCACACCCCCACCACCACCCGCACCACCACCCACACCACCACCACCACCACCACCAGCGCCUGUCCGGCAAUGUCAGCGGGAGCUUCACCCUCAUGCGGGACGAGCGGGGGCUACCAGCCAUGAACAACCUCUACAGCCCCUACAAGGAAAUGUCCGGCAUGGGGCAGAGCCUGUCUCCUCUAGCAGCCACCCCUUUGGGAAACGGGCUGGGCACCAUCCACAACUCCCAGCAGGGCCUACACAACUAUGGGCCCCCAGGGCACGACAAGAUGCUCAGCCCCAACUUCGAAGCCCACCACACUGCCAUGCUAGCCCGAGGGGAUCAGCACCUCUCCCGGGGGCUGGGUACCCCGCCCGCUGCCAUGAUGUCGCACCUCAAUGGGAUGCAUCACCCGGGCCACGCGCAGUCCCACGGGCCGGUCCUGGCUCCGAGCCGGGAGAGGCCGCCCUCCUCCUCCGGCUCGCAAGUGACCAACUCGGGACAGUUGGAAGAAAUCAACACCAAAGAAGUGGCCCAGAGGAUCACUGCUGAGCUGAAGCGCUACAGCAUCCCUCAGGCGAUCUUCGCCCAACGGGUGCUGUGUCGUUCUCAGGGGACUCUUUCUGACCUGCUUAGGAACCCCAAACCUUGGAGUAAACUGAAAUCUGGCAGGGAGACCUUCAGGAGGAUGUGGAAAUGGCUACAGGAGCCGGAGUUCCAGCGGAUGUCCGCCUUACGCCUGGCAGCAUGCAAACGCAAAGAGCAAGAACCAAACAAAGACCGGAACAAUUCCCAGAAGAAAUCCCGCCUGGUUUUCACCGACCUCCAACGCCGAACACUCUUCGCUAUCUUCAAGGAGAACAAACGCCCGUCCAAAGAGAUGCAGAUCACCAUUUCUCAGCAGCUGGGGCUGGAACUCACCACAGUCAGUAACUUCUUCAUGAAUGCCCGACGUCGCAGCUUGGAGAAAUGGCAGGACGAUUUAAGUACGGGGGGAUCCUCAUCAACCUCCAGCACUUGUACCAAAGCAUGACUGAAAGAAUCUAAAUUGGGCACAAGUCAACUGUAAAAGGAAAAAACAACAACAACAAUGACAACAACAAAAGGAAAAAGACACAGGAUUCUUAGCUGGGGCCCUUCACUGGUGAUUUGAAAGCACAAUUCUCUCAAAAAAGAAAUUUCUAUUCUAGCUGUAAUCAUAGGACAUGUGUUCUUUUUUUAUGGCUAUGGAGUCUAAGUGCAAGCUAAAAAAUUAGUCUCUUCCACAAAAAUACUAUUCUCUAAGCAAGCUAAGCAUACCAGAAACUCAAAUGGGUCUCUCCUAAAAAGCCAGUUAAUUCCAUUGUGGUUUCAGCCACAUGUAGAUUGCUUAAAAAGAAAACAAUCUAACACAAAGUCUUACUAGCCUCUUACAAAGUUCCCAUGAAUAUCAGUGGGAAUCCGGUCUGUGUGAGGAAUUCCAAGUCUGGGAUCCCCAGAUGAUUCAGUUAAGAGGAUAUUGUAGGAAUAUUUAUGACCUCAUUUGCUUUCCAAAUGCUUAGCCUCCUUUCACUACAAUAUACCAAAGUUCACAGCCAUAACUAGAGAAACCUAAAAAUGAUAAUUAUUGAGCACAAACCUUAAAUGUGGAAAUCAAAUCCAAGAACCUGUUUUUCCAACUCAGGCAUCUUUUCACCAAAUGGUUUAGGAGCUUUUAGGUCGAUCCAGUUGACAGUCUUUUUUCCCUUACCUCCAGAAAGUCUCAUAUGUUAUGGAUCGGUUAAAACAAAAUCCAUUCACUUGAGCUCAAAGUAUCAAGCACAAAGAUGAUAACUAUAGAAAUAAGCAAGGUUCUGGAUUCACUGCAUCUGUAUUGUCAAGACAUUGAUUCUGAAGUCAUUAGCGGAUAGCAAGGGAACAAGGAUGGCUUCAAGCACAUUUUGUAGUUUGCCACCAAUUCUGUGUUUGUACAUGAUGCAGACACUCACUCAGGAGGCCAAUUUAACUGCUAUGGUACAUGGAGCAAAUGCAACAUAUUAAAAGAUCUAGAUUUUUUUAGAUCAUUAGUAUAUCCUCCUUGGUUAUUGGCCAUCUAGUCCCACCUAUUGUGCAUUGUUACCACGAUAUUCAUUUCAUUAUUACUGUUUCAGAUUUUGUUGCUAUUUCAUACAUUCUUUUGGUGGGGGUCCCUCAAUGUUUGCUGGCCUUGGGGGAAACUCCAACAACCAAUCAACAUGUCAUCCCAAUACUAUUGUUCAUAACUUUUUCAUCUGAAUCCCAAGCCUCUUUCAUUGUUCAAUCAUCCCUGUAUAACGACUGAUUAAAUCUGGAGAAAACACAGCACACCAAAGAAGCAGAAUCCUGCAAACCAAAGACAUUUCUUACUUGCCAUUUUCUAGCCUAAAAAUACUGUGAUUACUUUUAGAAAUCAGAAUGCCUCUGCAACUCCAAAUGGCACUCAGCUCUUGCAUUUGGCUGGCCCUUUGGGUAAGCAGUAUGGCAAUACCGAGAACAUUAGCCAAGUCACACGGGAAGGGUUAACCACAAUGGCUGUCCUUGGUGGUGAUCAGCUUCCAAAUGAGGCCUACAGUCCUUCUCCUGGAGAUUGUGAUGGUCACAAUGUGCAUAUUUACCAGUGAAUGGCCCCUGGAGAGCACCAUUGGAGUGUUCAAAAGCAAGCCAAACACUGCAGUGAUUCUUUAAAGACACUUGAGAUUUUUUAUGUAUUACUUAAUCGAAACCAAAGAAACUUUUCUGCACCUACUUCUGCAACAAAUAAAAACUGUUCCAUUAAAGAUGAAUAACUAAGUAAAAAAAUGAAUGCUAAAUGAAAAACAACAAAGAAGGAAAAACAAUGUUGUGCGACACAUUGUGUCUGGACAGACCUCUUAGGACAUUUUUUGGAAGCAGAUUUCAAAGAAAGGGUUGAAACAGGAAUGGAAACAAAGAAAAGCCUCCAUUGGCUGCUGCUUCAUUUGACAACUCACUUGGUAAUCUUAAAGUUGAAGAUUGUCUUUAAUUUGUGCCUAUGCAGUUUUUCAAAAGAAUAAGGAACAGAGCAACGGAAACCUCAACAGCUACAAUACCAAAGAUGAGGAUUUCUCACACCUUUUGUUUCAGUUCAUUAUCUCUUCUUGCACGGCUAAAAUGCUAAUAGCAUCAUUGAUUUGUGUAAAGGUAAUCAAUUCUGUUUCUUUGAGCAACAAAAGAAAAGGGUCAUUUAUUUUAUUUUAUUUCCUUUUUUGCCUUUAUUGUCUCUACCCCAGCAUGGAAUCUUUCCAAAGGUACCACAGACUCCAAGUGUAAGAUAUUGGGAUACUUAACUAAUCUCUCUUCUCCAUCCAGGGAAUGUGGGAGAAGAGAUUGUCACUUGAAUGUUCUUUGCUUGACCACCUAAAAUUCGUUCCUAAUAUCAGAGCCUUAUCAUCAGGGGAGUGAAGGGGGACACUGUGCUGGGCAAAUCUUUUCCCCUUCCACAAUACCAAAGAGUUUGCCAUUAUGAUAGCUUUGUCUCCAUGUAGUUGCUACAUCUAAACAGGGCUCAUUUCAGAAAACAUGUAAAAUUUAUUGUGAUUUCUACUUUUCUAUUAGCUUUUAAAAUCAUCUAUAAAGCUCCAUUUCUAAGCGGAAAUAUAUAUUCCUAUAUAUGUAUUAAAGUAUAUAUGUUUUAUAUAUGUGUUGUUUACAUAACACAUAUAUACAUAUAUAUAGCAUGUCCCAAAAGUCGUUGUGCAGUUUUGUGCUUUUAUAGCUUUAAACUGCACAAAGACUUUUGGGAUAUUCUGUAUAUAUGCAUACAUACAUAUAUGUAUACAAAACUAUCUUGAUAUCCAUGAGAUCCACAAAAUAUUGCUGUCAAAAAGUGACAUGUUGUUACUGCUGUAUGUUCUAUUUGUUAAGUAUACACACUUCAGAAUUGUAUUCAUUUUCCAUGCCGUUCCAAAGGCAAAGAACCACUCUAGAUAUAUGGUAUUUAGAGAUGAAAUAUCCAGGCUUAUAUCCACCAAAUAUAACUCUAUCCUGCAACAAAUUCACUGUUUGCAGUAGGAGUGAAUAAGAUGUUCUAAAUCUCCACCUCAACCCAGGUUAUUGUUAUAAAUCUUAGGUCCUACUCAGGAUUGAACUAACAACAAUAAGAAGCCCAUCAUAUAAUUAUCAGGAAAUAUUUAAUAGAGCUUCCCCAUCUUGUUACCAAAGAUGAAAAUCCCCUUUAAGAAGAAAAUCCACCCCAUCAUUGUUUUUCCUCAAGGAAAUUUCAUAUUCUUAUAGUCUUCUCCAACACAUGUGGGUUUUAGACAUGUUGAUAUGACUUCUAGUCGGUUAAAGUCCAACCUUGCUUUGACAGGCAAAUCAGGUCCCUCAGGGGGUGAUUAUAGAACUAUAUCUAAAGCCUGGAUAUAACCACAGUCAAUUUGGAAGAUUGGGGAGGAAAGGUUAUGAUAUUUUCCACAACAGGAAAACACAAACCAAAGUUUAAAGAGACAUGUGUGUCUGGAACUUCCUAUCCUGGAGAAUUCUGUCUGCCCAAGAUAUCUUCCCUAACUCUCCAUCUAUAGAGGUUUCGUUCAAAUUGAGUAACUUCAGAUGUGGAGUGGAAGUUAUGUUCUAGCAAACAGUCUUCCAGCUUCCAUUUUCAAAAUUCUUCAUCACCUAAGUGGAUAUUAAUUAAUUCCCUUUAAUUAAACAAUUCUGUCAUAUUUGAAACUAUUUUAAUUCAUUCUUUCACUUAACAAGCAUUUAUUUUCUCUCCAUUCU